GAUGAUGAUGAUGAUAAAUCUGAAAAUGAAAAUGUUGAAGAUAAUGAUAAUGACGAUGAUGAAGACGGUGAAAGGGUGAGUAAUGAUGGAGGAGAAGAAAACUGUUUUGAGGACAUGUUGGUGACCUUGGCUUGUGAAGAAAUGUUUCCUUCAGAAAAGACAGUGAAAGAGAAGGAUGGACUGGAGUCAUGGAUACGAAAUUCUUCGUCUUUGCUGCCGUUAGCUUUAAAGGUUAGCAAUGCAACCCCGGCAUAUCAUUUUCUACGUUUAUGUAUUGACUACGCGAAAAUUGUUGUGAAGACAAACAGAGACUGCGAGGAUUAUCUUUACAUUUUGAACGAAAUCGCGAAGGAUCUUAAACCAGGAUAUCUUGAUGCUGAUAAUUCACUUCAGAUCAUCACGGAAAGGUUAAUCGAGCCUGUGGAGAACCAGUUAAGAGGUGAACAGAGGAGUCAUGAUUUAUUACAAACAUUCUUAGCUCAAUUUUACAGUCGUUUCCCCGAAACAAAUGCCGAAACCGAGUCGGCCCGUGCAAUAAUGGAACAUGUCUUGUCACUUCAUGGCGAAGAAGUAUUGGUUAUGACACCAGUCAUCUAUCGAUUGUUGUUCUCGGAAGAAUAUCUUUCACCAGGCAUAUUCAUUGACAUUGUUCUUGAUCAAGGAAUAGAAGAGGACCAAUCAAACCUGAAAGAUAUCGACGAAGUUUUCAAGGAACUUUUUGCAGUUGGGCAAAUACACCAUGAUUCUUAUCCAGCAGUCAUGAUAUGCGAUUUAAUACACUUCAUUCAGAACUUUGAUAAGUAUUUCAACAUUAAACAGUUAGCAAGUUCCGACAGCAAGUCCGACAGCAAGCUACUAAGGUGUUUUCGUUCUGCCACAAACUUUGUGACCGGUGGCGAUGAUAACAUUGGCCUAGUCCUUCUUUCAUCCGUCGCAUUUCUUCGAGCAUUUUACUCGAUGUUAUCAAAAUAUCCUUCCAUCUUGACUAGGGAAACCCCAUAUUCUCACGUUAUGAAUGAGAUGAACUCUCUCCUAGCAAGCGGUGGGGCAAGAAGAUCAUCUCUUCAAAUAUUCUUCCUCAAACAACUUUACCGUGACAAUAUGACGAUGUUUGAUCUUCGCAAGUUGUGUUUAGAAAGUGUUAAUCUCCCUGUGAUUAGGAAUCAAAUGGAGCAAUGCAAGAUCGUCAACAAGGUCGAACUUGUCUCAGUUUACCGACUAGAGGAAUAUGAAGAAGUGAAAUGUGCAUUCUCGCAACUAGCUCAAAAAAAUGAAGAUGAAAUGUCGAAGGUCAUGAAAAAAUGUGAGAAAUCCGCAAACCAUCGUUUAGCGUUGUUGGGAAUCCUGAUAAAUGAGUUUUUCGUGAGAAAAGCUGUUGGUAAUCUCAGUGACAAAGAAGAACGAUUGGUUGAUUGGUUUAGGAAAAAUGCGAAAGAUCUUCCGUCUGUAAUGAAGGAACUUCUUUUGAGCAUAAUUGGUAGUAAAAAGUUCAGUCAUCAUGGUUUACAAAUUUCUCUUGAAUCAUCCACAAAUGAAAUUGAGACAGCCCUGUUGAUACUUCAUGUUUCAUGUGUCGCAGCAAGUCGUAUUGAGGACGAGAUCUCUCCACUUUUCCAGUAUUUGUCCAACCCGCAGAAAUGUCAUCAUACUUGGAUUCUUGCACAUCGAAACGGUAGAAUGCGCCGAGUGUUCCAUCAACUUGUGUUGCACAACGACUCUUCCCCUGUAAACUGUUCUUGCGACAUGAGAAUGAAAUUCUCAAAACAUCAAGGGGGAAAAAGUUGCCCAAAUUGCGGGACAGAGACUUUGAGUGAAGCAACUUUAUCAUCCGAGCCAGCCAAAAUUUACAAUCUGGAGACGAAGUCGAAAGAAUGGGAAGAAUGCACGGCUAAUAUGAGUGCUUCUGUGUAUCGUGCAUUGGAUAUGAUCGUUUAUGCGUGUUUUUAUGCUGGAAUAGCAACCGGAAUUUCAUCCAGUGAAGACGUGUUUCCUUUAUUACCAACAAAUGAACAAGGAUCCACCUCAGAAGCAACAUGUGAAGAUUCAGCAGAUUUCUGCUUCAAUCGUGUCAAAGACGAUCUACGAUGCUUACAGACGAUCCUUUCCUGUGAUAGUCGCACUGCAGUUGACGCCAUGCAUCUUGUUGUGGAGGAAUGUACGGAACUUAUCCGAGGGAAGACUCCCGGUGAUGGUAUUUUCUGUACACGCGGAGAAUGUCUGAUGUGGGAAAACAAAUUUAGAAAUUUUGCAGAAGAUGUGCUUCGUAGUGCGAUCGGUUCUUCGCGAUUCCUUAAAGAAAUCAGAAUGAAAUAUAAAGAUGACAGUAAAAACCCUUCUUUGAUAGAAAACCAAAUCGAGGAACUCGAUGAAUAUCCGUCUAAUCCUAAGCAGCAAAAUGAAGAAUUGAAAAGGUUAUUUCGCAUAACAAAACAACCAUCAUUUGAAGAAUUACGAUCUAUAUUUCUGAACCUCUUCGAAUCCUACGAUUUUCAAGAGCAACAUGGUGUCCUAGCGGUUUUUCUUUCGAAGUUUGAUGAACUGCCUUACCUCUCUUGCUUGUUCCCGCUUCUGAGGUGGAGUCGAUUGGUCUCGUCAGCGCUGACACACCGCAUUAGUAGAAAGGACGCUGAAUCCAAAUCCAUCAUUGAUUUUAUCGAUGGUCAUAUAACGCGAGAAGCGAGAAGUAACGAUGAGCGGACUGAACUCAGAGAAACAUUUAACGACUUCAAAGGUUCAUGGAACAAAAUGCGGGAGUUUGUUAAUCAGAAUGUUGAUCGUGACCAGGAAGAAAUGCCAUAUUUAACGGAAGACAGCUACAUAGGCUACUGUCUGACAGAGGGUGACUUAAAUAUCUAUCUACGAACGGCAAUCAAGAUUCUUCAAUCAAUCCAGAACUACAUUCUAGACGAAAUGAUUCUUAUAUCAAUAUCUUCACGACAUCCUGCUCUUAGUUUUCUUGAAAGGAAUGAAACCUGUUGUGGCGUUGUAUGCAAACCUCUUCAAGAAGCUAAGGACAAGGAAAUCAUCAAAUUCGAUUGGUCAAAUGAUUUACUCAAGUAUUCGCAAAAUCCAAACUAUGGCUUUGGAGAAGAUAUCGAUUAUGAUUUUGAAAAAAUCGAAGAAGAACUAGCGAAAAAAAUUGUAUUUGGAAAGUGUCACCUGGCGGAAUCAAAGAUAACGUUCAUAUUCUCCAAAGAACUUUUCCAUGCUAGUGCCAAAGUUCUUAUGAAAAUUCGUGAAAUAUGUCCUCAAACCCAGUCAUUGCCACAAGAGUUUCACCAAGGACUGCAUAGUUUGAAGCAGCGAAGAAAAGAAGAUGCCCGGACUCUUCUUCAGCAUAUUGAGACGAUUAUUUUUCUAUUAAGUUUGGGGUCAGAUUUUGACAAGGAUAUGAAAAAGAAGACACUGGUAGAACUGGCAAAUUUAUGGAAAACAGAACUUCCUAGUCCAUUCCCAGUUGAUCUGCUACCAGAACCAAAAGCUUCCAUCCAACUGACCCAUAUUGCUGCUCUCUAUGAAGCAUUGGAAGAUCUGCUUGCUGAUGGCGCAAUCCAAGGACUGCCAAAACAGUUCAGAGAGGAAUUGUCAGAAGAUACUAAAACAAUUCUAAACAGUUUGGUGGAUCACAGAAAUGGAUCAUUGAAACUCAAAUUAUUCCUCACAGCGUUGCGUCGUUUCGUAUUCCGUUAUCUCUCAGCAGAAAAAUUUCUUCCAGAAUCGCACACGCCAUUGCGUUCCUGCUUGAUGGAGCCUUCGUUGUGGUCACCAGAAGAAGCUCCCAGUCCUGAUGUUAUUCCUGGAGAGUUGAGACUGGAGAAUAUCUACGCUAUAAUAAAACAUCUUGAUCAGGAACUAAAAGAACACUCCAGCGCAAGAUUAAAUCAAGAAAUUCGUGAAACUGGUCUUGGCAUCAGAAGAAGACCAAAAAGAAAGUGCUGAAAAAAUGAAAGCUGAAAUAGUUUGGUGUAUCGAUAUAGUGCAUUGUGGAUUUUUUGGUAUCCUGAAAUGCUUGAAAUAAAACCGUUUUUUUUAAACCGUCCAUAUAUGAUACAUAUUAUUAUACAUUUCUCGUUUUUCUAAGUACGACAAACUUUUUUUAAUGUGCAACAUUUCUAAUACAUCGUAAUGCAAUAAUUAUAAAUAAGAUUUUGAAAUAGAUUAUAGUUAGUAUCAGUAAG